AUGACCCAAAAACUUAUUCUAGCUGAAGGACUUGAUCUGCUUCGACGCACAGAAGCCCGUGAGUAUGAGGUGGAUCGUAGUCAAGUCCGUAUUAGUUCUAGUAAUAAAUACCGAAAUGAGCUUGGCCGCCUUGCACAGGCAUACGGGGUUGUGUAUGCGGAUUAUUUACGUGGAGUAGAGAUAAUCAACUAUGUACGCCGCUGUGCCAUGGAGAGUUCCGAUGUGAACAGCCGCAGUCUUGUUGAGAUGUGUGAAGGUAAGAUGCGAGUCUACAUGGAUCGCUGUGAUGGUGUUCGCAAGAAGGAAGAUAAUAUUCUUCUCCCACUAGAGCAAGUAGACACACAUCUCGUAAAGGCGGCUUUUGAAGUAGCGGAACCCGUUUUUAUGCUCAAUGGGGCACAAUAUAAACUCACCCGUAAAGAACCAUUUAUGCGAGAGGAACAACUCGGCGAUGGAUCUUAUCUUUUAGUGGUGAAGAAUUUGGAUAGUUAUGGUAUUGCAGCUCCCCUGGUGACUGUGGUGGUGGAUAUUAUUCCCCAACGUGGACAACAACAACGAUUAGAAAAAGAAAUUCCCUGCCAAUGUGGAUGGCGACGUGUGAUUGGAGUUGUGGGGAAAUCUACAUUACGAGUAAUGGCUCGCACAGAUGGACUCGUGCGGGACUCACAUGUAGAUAUCACUCUCUAUAAUCUUGAACGGGAAACAUCAACAACAUCAACAAACUCUAAAACAAUGAGAAUAGAAGGAAAUUAUAAUGAUGCGCCUGGGGCAAUGGCAGAGAAGAUUGUUCAACAAUUACCAAAACUCACCGAUGAGGAAUUGGAGAUUCUUGCCAAUUCAAAAGUUCCAACAGGUGAGUUACCAGGAAAAGCACCCAAUAGUGAUGAACCAAAGAAUACCAAAGUUACCAUGCAACAACUACAAUCCUUAAAUGUACCGCACAUUGGUGGAAAUGCGACAACUCCAUUAGUGGUCCCAGAGCGAAUAGAAGUAAAUCCUGCAAAGAUGAACUGCUCAGAUCGCCUAAAAAGAUUACGAAUGACAUUAAAUGCCUGGCCAGCCAAUAAUGUGAUGGCCGUGCAGUUAAAUAGAGAACAACAAACUAUUCUGCAGGCAGCCUUUGCACUACCACUUCCUACCGAGUUAGAUGACUAA